AUGACCACUGGUAAAAGGUUAGAUCGCCGAACCAUUGUGACGGUUUGCCUUGUGGCUGCUCUGUGGCAUCCUGCAUUCUGGCGCAUUCUGCCCGUGGGUGCUUGCCUGCAGUGGAACCGAAGGAGAAGCCUCCAAUGGGGCGAAGUGCUGCUUUACAUAAAACUGAAAAGACCUGACGCAUUCUCCACUCCCAUGGUUCCCACCGUUCCUGCAUUUCUAUAG